UGUGUUUUGGCGGUUUCAUCUGGGACUCUUUUUCGUUACGUUCCGUAGUAAAUUUUCUUAGAUUUUGUCGCCCUCACCUCGCUUCCCUGGAAAAUUUUUCUCUUUUCUCUCGCUUCUAUUCCCUUUCUCUGUCUCUACUCUACAUUCAUUGAUUUUCCACCCUUUGAAUUCACUUCACUUCUCUUGAUUUUCCCUCUUCUUCCCAGUCUAAUCUCCUCUGUUUCUUGGAGUUUGACUGGCUAGCACACAUGGGUUUUCUCAGCAUCGUCUUGGGAAUUCUUGGCUUUGGGAUUGGACUUCCGAUUGGACUUUUGAUUGGGUUUUACUUCUUCGUCUACUCCGAGCCCAAAGAUGUUGAGGAUCCAGUUAUUAGGCCUCUUCAUGAGCUGGAUACAACUGGUUUGCAAGACAUUCUCCCUGAGAUUCCAUGUUGGGUGAAGAGUCCGGAUUAUGAUCGAGUAGACUGGUUAAACAAGUUUCUUUUGGAUAUGUGGCCUUACCUUGACAAGGCAAUUUGUGGUCAGAUAAGAACUAUUGCACAACCAAUAUUUGCAGAAUACGUUGGGAAGUAUCAAAUAGAAUCAAUUGAGUUUGAGAAUCUAAGCCUUGGAACUCUUCCUCCUACAUUUCAGGGUCUUAAAAUCUACGAGACUAAUGAGAAAGAACUAGUCAUGGAACCGGCUAUUAAAUGGGCUGGCAAUCCAAACGUAAUUGUGGUGGUAAAAUUGUUGUCUGUGAGGAUCACAGUUCAGUUAGUGGAUCUACAAAUAUUUGCUGCACCACGGAUAACUUUGAAACCUCUCGUGCCUAGUUUUCCAUGUUUUGCAAACAUUGUGGUAUCUUUGAUGGAGAAGCCACACGUGGAUUUUGGAAUGAAAGUACUGGGAGGGGAUAUUAUGUCCAUACCUGGCCUUUACCGAUUUGUUCAGGAGACUAUUAAAAAACAAGUUGCAAACCUUUACCUCUGGCCUCAAACCCUUGAAAUACCGAUCCUCGAUGCUUCAGCAACGGCAACAAAGAGGCCUGUAGGGAUACUAAAUGUGAAAGUUGUACGAGCACUCAAACUUUUGAAGAUGGACUUAUUAGGUUUAUCAGAUCCUUACGUUAAGCUCAGCCUGAGUGGAGAGAGGCUGCCAGCAAAGAAAACAUCCAUCAAGAAGAAGAACUUGAAUCCCGAGUGGAACGAGGAAUUUAAGCUUAUUGUCAAGGACCCCCAGUCUCAAGUUCUUAACAUAAAUGUCUUUGAUUGGGAUCAGGUAGGUGGACAUGACAAGUUAGGAAUGCAAACAAUUCCUCUGAAACUGCUAACACCCAAUGAGACAAAGGAAUUUGUACUUGAUCUGCUUAAGCACACUGGUAUCAGUGAUCCCCAUGACAAGAAGCAUAGAGGGCAAAUUGUGUUGGAACUGACAUAUGACCCUUUUAAAGAAGGUGACGAGUUUAGUGGACCCCUGGAUGGAGGAUAUGGGAGGAUGGAAAGUGGAAUUCAUAGGGCAUCAGAGAAUGACAGCCCUGGUGGAGCAGGUUUACUUUUGGUUACGGUCUGUGGAGCUGAGGACGUAGAGGGUGAGCGUCACAACAACCCGUAUGCUUUGGUCCUUUUUAGAGGAGAAAGAAGAAAAUCAAAAGUUAUCAAGAAAACUCGUGACCCGCUAUGGAAUGAAGAAUUCCAGUUUAUGCUUGAAGAGCCUCCUGUAAGUGAUAGGAUCCAUAUCGAGGUCUUGAGCAAGCGGUCACGCAUCAGUUUCAGAUCAAAGGAGUCUUUGGGAUAUACAGAUAUUAAUCUCGCUGAUGUAGUGCACAACGGUCAUAUCAACCAGAAAUACCAUUUGAUAGAUUCAAAGCAUGGAGUGAUACACGUUGAGCUCGGGUGGAAGACAGUAUGAGGAUAUGGACAUAUACAUGUUUGUGAUAUGGUAUAUAAAUAUUUUCUGAACGAGGUCUUUGGUCUUAAAAAACUCACAAGAUUGUUACAGACAAGGAAAUAGAGUUGAGGAGUGAGAAGGAAAAGAAAUCUGAAAUUCUGCAUCAUUUGUAGUAUUUCAGUACAGGGCAAGUAUAAGAAAUGAUGCAUAGUUUUGGAGUUAUGAGAGUUGUUCAUGAUGUUCAAAUGUCACAAGUUCUAUUUGUACACAUUUUUUUCUUUUAGUUUGCUGUCAACUUCUGCAAUCUUUAAACCUCUGCAAUCUCAAUUUUUGUAUUACUUCUGUUACUAGGGUAGACAAUACAUAAAUUUGUUGGUAUAACCGUUAAAGGUGGCUGAGAAUUCUGUUCUAAAAA